CCCCCCCCCCCCCCCCCCUCUAGUUCCUCCCCUUUCCUCUCCCUCUACUACCUUCAGCGGAACAACGGGAGGUUGCCUUGGCCAAGUAAGGGCUUUUUAGGACCCGACGGCGGCAGCAGCUGCAGCGGCACCGGUAGCGGCACCAGCAGCCGCCGCAACUCCCUAAACGUCUCUCCCGCACACGCUCACUCUCGGCUGCGUCUCCGCCGCCUGGGAAAGCGAUCCCCAGCCAGUAGCCACCCAGCCUGUCCGCCGGCUCCUCGGUCAUAAUUUUGUGCAGACCACAAGAAAGAUUACAAAAUGUCAUACCGAAGAGAACUAGAAAAAUAUCGGGAUUUGGAUGAAGAUAAAAUCCUGGGAGCAUUAACAGAAGAAGAGCUUAGGACGCUAGAAAAUGAAUUGGAAGAACUAGACCCUGAUAAUGCACUAUUACCUGCAGGACUGAGACAGAAGGAUCAGACUACAAAACCACCCACAGGCCCUUUUAAAAGAGAUGACCUUCUGGAUCAUUUGGAAAAGCAAGCUAAAGAAUUUAAGGACCGAGAAGAUCUGGUCCCCUACACGGGAGAAAAAAGAGGGAAAAUAUGGGUCCCCAAGCAAAAGCCAAUGGAUCCUGUUCUGGAAAGUGUGACACUAGAACCAGAAUUAGAGGAGGCUCUAGCCAAUGCAUCUGAUGCAGAACUUUGUGACAUUGCAGCUAUUCUUGGUAUGCAUACUCUGAUGAGCAAUCAGCAGUACUAUGAGGCUCUUGGAAGUAGCUCCAUAGUAAAUAAGGAAGGCCUAAACAGUGUUAUUAAGCCAACACAAUAUAAACCAGUUCCUGAUGAAGAACCAAAUUCAACAGAUAUAGAAGAAACUCUGGAACGAAUAAAGAAUAAUGAUCCCAAACUUGAAGAAGUCAACCUCAAUAAUAUACGGAACAUUCCCAUACCGACUCUAAAAGCAUAUGCAGAAGCACUGAAGGAAAAUACAUAUGUGAAGAAAUUCAGCAUUGUAGGAACAAGAAGUAAUGAUCCUGUUGCAUAUGCACUAGCUGAAAUGCUAAAGGUUAAUGCUGUGUUGAAGAGCCUCAAUGUUGAAUCAAACUUUAUUUCUGGAUCUGGAAUCCUGUCCCUGGUAGAAGCCCUUCAGCAUAAUACUUCAUUGAUGGAAUUGAAAAUUGACAACCAGAGCCAGCCCCUGGGAAACAAGGUGGAAAUGGAGAUUGUGAGCAUGUUGGAACAAAACACAACUCUCUUAAAAUUUGGAUAUCAUUUUACACAGCAAGGCCCUCGGCUCCGGGCUUCUAAUGCCAUGAUGAAUAAUAAUGACCUUGUGAGGAAGAGGAGGCUGGCAGACUUGACUGGGCCCAUUAUUCCCAAGUGCCGAAGUGGCGUGUAGUUUGUGAAGCUGGAGACCUAUGGCUUUAAAUAGGACAUCUGCUAAGAGUUUGUGCUAUACGGGAGAACCCUAUAGAAAAAAAAAAAAAAAAACUAACUAAACAAAACACCUGCACA